AUGGUAGAGGAGGGGUACAUGGCAGAUAUGAGAAGUCAAAAUAAGGGGCUGCUGGCAGUCCUAAGAGGCCAGAAAGAUUGGCUGUUUGGAACUCGUAGAUUAUGUGCUACUCGGACAUCUUGCAGCCUCCUCCUCAUGGAUUCAGAAAUCUUUUCUAAACUUAGGAACUGGAACUGGUCCUGUUUCUUGGAUCUUGUAAAGCAGACCUCCAAUCCUGACCUGAGCAGCAGUGCUGCAGAUAUUACUGUAAUUGCAGACAUUAAAUGUUGUGGGAUACAGAUACUAUCAGUCAUUCUGAAAACAAGCCACAUACCAACUCCACACUUCAGUAUUCGGGCCACAGAAGCAUUCUCAUGUUUUUUGCGCUGGAAGGAGUUCUGUCAAGAUACAUCACUGGAGAAGGCUGGUUUGUAUAUUAAUUCAUCUGAACAAAAUGAGUUCAGUUCUCCUAGUAGAAGCAUUGAUUUCAACCAAGAGAACUGUCUUUACUCUUCUGGCCUUUGUUCUCUGGCCAUUUCCUCUUCACAGGUUGAUGAGAUUGAACCACCAACUCCUCCACAACUGAAAAUGAUUCUAUUACUAUUGUUGUAUGACUGGAUAGCUUCAUCAACUGGCCUUUUUUAA